AAAAAUGCGAGGGAAUCGAUUGGAUUUUAGAAGGGAUGCAACGGCGUUGGUCGGCGUUGGACGAUGGCGAGAAGAGGACGACGAUACUGUACGCGGGCCCACAUAUCAGCUGCAUCCAGAAGAUAGAAAAAAGUAGAGCAGAGGGAACAGAGGAGCGGGGCACUGGUGCUCCGGUGGCUGGGAGGUGGCGACGUCGGCGGCCGAAUGUGUUCCCGAGCGCCGCGCUGGAGAGCCCCGAGCUGCGACGGCAUCACGCCGACUACCGGCCGUGGGCGGCGCACAUGGAGGCAAAGCCGGUCUACUUCGCGUCGAGGCGUGCCUCCGGGCGGCCCGAGCUGCAGCAGCAGCUCGUCCGGCCCACCCCAAUCUGGGCCGAUUGGGCCGAUCUCAGCCUCCCGGAGCGGAGACCGAUCUGGGCCGUCCAUCCGCGCCGCCCAGCCAAUCGGACGGUGGGUGUAUUACUGUACUGCCAGGUCGGUGACCGUACAAGCCGGAAUAUUCAGUAGCGUCGUUCGCUCCCUGGCUUCUCCAUUUCUUCAGCU